AUGGCACUCACUUCCACCCCUCAAUCCGAACCCCUCGCCAUCAUCGGUCUAGCAUGCAAAUAUGCCAAUGGAAUCAACUCCCCCCGGGACCUCUACGAACAGGUCAUGGCCGCUCGAUCCAUGCAUGGACCUAUGCCAGCUACUCGCAUGGACGCCUCGUUCUACUACCAUCCGUCGUCCGAGGCCACAGGCACAACCUACUCCAAGGGCGGCUAUUUCCUGCAAUCCGAUUUGAAUGCAUUUGACUCGCCGUUUUUCCAACUCUCCGAGAUUGAUGUCCUGGCUAUGGAUCCGCAGCAGAAGAUGCUUUUGGAGAAUGUCUAUCAUGCGCUGGAGAAUGCCGGAAUCCCGUUACAGGAAGCCGUUUCGUCCUCGACGUCCGUGUUCGUCGGCUGCUCGAACAAUGACCAUUUGGCCCUCGCCAAUUCUGAUCUUCUCCUGGCAUUGAAAGGCAAAGGCACCGGGACGAGUCCGUCGAUUCUGGCCAACCGGAUUAGUUGGUUCUACGAUUUUCAUGGAACGAGUCAGACUAUCGAUACGGCUUGUUCGAGUAGCUUGGUGGCCUUCCACCAGGGAUGUAUGGACGUUCGGGCGGGGAAAUCCGCGAUGUCGAUCAUCAGUGGCGUCAACUUGAUGGAACAUCCCGCCCCCACAAUGUACCUCUCCAGUCUGGGUGUCCUCUCCCCGGAUGGCCGGAGUAUGAGCUUUGACGCUAGAGCAAAUGGAUACGGGCGAGGAGAAGGCCUCGGGACUGUAAUCAUCAAGCCACUCCACGCUGCACUUCGCGAUGGGAACCGCAUUCGGGCCAUUGUCCGCAACACCGGGUCGAACCAAGACGGCCGCACCCCCGGCAUCACCGUCCCUAGCCCCACCGCACAGGAACGACUCAUCCGUGAGGUCUACAAGGCCGCCGACUUGGACCCAUCCCGUACAGGGUACGUCGAGGCCCAUGGAACCGGCACGCCGGUCGGAGACCCCCUGGAGGUACAGGCAAUUUCGGCCGCGUUGGGGGUUUCGCGAGAAUCCCCGCUUUAUGUCGGAUCCGUAAAGUCUGUUGUCGGGCAUCUGGAAGGCGGCGCCGGAAUGGCUGGGUUGAUAUCGGCGACCAUGGCGGUGGAGUCGAAGACAAUCCCUCCUGUGGCAGGGUUACAAACACUGAAUCCCCGGAUUCCCCAGCGUCCUGAUCUGAAGUUUGCGAAAGAGGCAACGCCCUGGCCGAGAGAGGACGUUCGACGGGCAUCCAUCAAUUCGUUUGGCUUUGGCGGCACGAAUGCACACGUCGUGCUUGAAGAUGUGGAAGGGUUCUUCAGCGAUCUAUUCGGCCAGCAACUGCCGGGUGCCUUGCAGCUGCCAGAAUUUACGACAAAAGCCAUGGUCCCUUCAGUUAUGAAGCCGGCUGUGAAUGGGGCUCAACCACCCCAGGCAUCAUCGGUGAACCGCCUGUUUAUCAUUUCGGCAUUUGAUGAGGCUGGCAUCCAGCGGAAUGCGGCUUCACUGGCAUCGCAUCUUGAGUCUAUGCGGGCAAUCACAGACUCAGAUGGAGAGGAAAGGCUCCUGAAUGACCUGUGCCACACAUUGAACGACAAAAGAACCCGGUUCGACUGGCGCAGCUACCACGUGGCCGAUAGCAUCGACAGCUUGCGUAGCUCACUGCAGAACACACGUCCCAUCCGUCAGUCCCCGGCCGAAAAAGUCGUCCGUUUCAUCUUCACCGGCCAGGGGGCCAAUUGGGCGGGUAUGGCUUCUGAUCUGCUGGUGUAUCCGCUGUUCCGGCGGCGAAUCCAAGAGACAUCCACCUUCAUGAAAUAUCUCGGGAGUGGCUGGGAUCUAUAUGGUAUGCUACCAUCCUCUCCGUUGAUAGAUUCAGCUAACGAGUAUACCGUAGAGCGCAUCGCCUCGGAAUCAGGCGAACUGGACGAGCCCACCUUCGCCCAGUCCUCGUGCGUCGCGGUCCAAGUCGCCCUGGUGGACCUUCUAGCCAGCUGGAACGUCACUCCACAGACGGUAGUCGGGCACUCCUCGGGGGAGAUUGCCGCGGCAUAUUGCGCUGGCCAGAUCUCCCGCCAGGCCGCCUGGAAAGUGGCCUUUUGCCGGGGCCAGGUGUGUUCUCGCCGCACCGAUGGUCAGGGGCGCAUGCUGGCCGCGGCGAUGCCCGUCACGCAACUGGAGCGACUCGUCGCACGCAUCAACAAGGGGCAGUCCACGGCUGUCAAGGUUGGCUGCUACAAUAGUCCGAAGAAUCUCACGCUCACCGGCCGAUAUGAAGAUAUUAUGCGUGCAAAGCUGGAAUUAGAUGACGUCGGCGCGCUUAACCGCUUACUACCGGUCAAAGUCGCGUAUCACUCCGACUACAUGCGAGACGCUGCGCCGGAGUAUUUGGAUCUGCUCGGCGACCUCGACUUUGGCGACAAGAUCCACACAGACGCUGGGAUUAAGAUGGUCUCCUCGGUGACAGGACGCGCAGUUACGGCCGGGGAAGCGCAGCAGCCGUCGUAUUGGGUGGACAAUCUGGUCUCCCCGGUGCGGUUCUCCGCAGCCUUGCUGGCAUCCAUGGACGAUCCCAGUGCAAUGGGCAGUCGGGAAGAUGCCCUGAUCGAGAUCGGACCGCACUCGACCCUGCGCACUGCCAUCAAGGAAACCUUCGCAGAUGUUCCCGAGUUUCAAUCAAGUCAAUACGGCAGCUUGUUGAAACGGUACGAGACUGAUGGCUCGACCAUCCUGCGCACCUUUGGUACGCUCGUCUGUUCUGGACACGAGAUCAGUCUGGCCGCCAUCAACGAUCGUCGUGCCGGAUCGAAGAAAACACCCCGACUACUAACCAGUCUUCCCGGCUACGCCUUCGAUCAUUCGCGAUCGAUGCGUGGAACAUCUCGCCGGGUCGAGCAGACCAAGUUCCCGACCUACAAACGGCACGAGCUCCUGGGGGUGCCCGUCGAAGACACCAACCCCGUCGAGCAGCGAUGGCGCAAUGUUCUAAGACCGGACGACCUCCCCUGGCUGCGAAUGAACAGGAUGAGCGGCAAAAUUCACUUCCCUGGUGUGGCGUACCUGCUCAUGGCGAUCGAGGCGGCAAUUCAACGCGCCGGUAACACAGCCAUCAGCGGAGUCAGGCUGGGAAAUGUAUCGAUGCUGGCACCUUUGCCAAUUCCGGACAGCGCGACUGGCGUGGAAAUCCAAUUCUCCAUAUACCCAAUGAAGAUGCAUGCCAAUUCCGGCACGGAUUGGUCGGCCUUCCGGAUUGUGUCGUAUGACAGUGCAGAGAAGACCUGGACCGAGCACUGCGUGGGCUCAGUUCGAGUCGAAACCGGACCGCAUGAACCACAUCCCAAGAACGCUCUUCGAGAAAAGUGUACCGAGCCGGUUGACAUCACCCAGAUGUACAGCAGCUUUACCACCGCCGGCAUGGACUUUGGAGAAUACCUGAGAAACAUCGAAGAGAUGAAGCUGUCCCCUGAUCGCCACGCCUGCACUGCCACGAUCACGGCUCCCGCCAUUCCCUGUCAGGCUCACGACCAUUAUUCGCUGCACCCAUGCACGUUUGAAAGCAUCCUGCAUGCCCUUCUGCAUCUCUGCAAAUCUUCGCAAGGCCCAAUGGUGACCACGUAUGUCGAAGACGUGUUGGUAUUAAGCCCACAGGAUACCGGCGUUCGUGGCUUUGAGGCCUCUGCCAGGACACAGCGUGCUUCGGCGACGACUUGGAGAUCAGACGUUACCAUCACAGGCAACACCGGUAGUCAGCAGAUUCAGAUUACGGGGCUCGAUCUUGUACAGUUGCCACCGAGUGAAGACGCUUCCGAUGCCGAGUCCUUCUACGUCGUCAAGUGGAAGCCCGACGUGAAGCUUCUCACAUCGGUGGACGCGCUUCGAGAUUCCGCAUCCAUGUACGUGGCGCAGCAUCUGCCAACGUUGGACGAGCACGAGGGAUUCCAGCUGGCAUCUGCGACCUUCCUGCUUGAUACCAUGGAAUAUAUAGCUCGGAGCGGGCUCCCCUCUCUGCCGCAGCAUCACGAGGCAUUUAUGAAAUGGAUGGAGAAGGAAUGCCGAUCGAUUGCUGAUGGAACAGUACCCCUGCUUGACAAGGCCCUGCUGGAGGGCAUCCGGGCCAGCCCCGAUCGUCGGCGGGACCUUCUCGCACGAGUCGCCCAGCAGAGCGCGCGAGGGGAGCUUCUCGUGCGAGUCGGGACCCAGAUGGUGCCCAUCCUGGAGCAAAAGAUCGACUGCCUAGAAGUCAUGUUCGGUCCCGACAACCUCAUGGAUCGGACAUACGAAGAGGGUCUUCCUGGGCAGAUCGCUCCGUCGGUGGCCGGAUACCUGCACUGCCUGGCGCACGCACAGACUGGAAUCAAAGUCCUUGAAGUGGGUGCCGGAACUGGAAGUGCGACCAAGGUAAUCCUCGAUAGUUUGAAGCCGACCGAGAGACAGGAUGGCGGGGGCCUGGUCUCAUCGGUCUCCACGUACCAUUUCACCGAUAUUUCGGCCGCGUUCUUCGAGAAGGCCCGCGCCCGGUUCCACGAUUGGGCCGACAUCCUCCGUCCCAAGGUGCUGAAUAUCGAGCUGGAUCCCGCUGACCAGGGGUUCGAGAUGGGAUCGUAUGACCUGGUCAUCGCAACACAUGUUCUCCAUGCCACGGCCGAUUUGAACACCUCUUUGAACCACAUCCGAGGAUUGCUGAAAGAAGGCGGAGAUCUGAUUGUGAUCGAGAACAUCCAGCCUGAUCUUAUGUGCUCCCCUCUAGCAUUCGGGCUUCUCCCAGGCUGGUGGCGCAGUGUCGAGCCCUAUCGAGAGACCAAUCCGCUCGUCACCAAGGACCAAUGGAACCAGGAGUUGCAGAAUGCCGGUCUCCAGCCCCGGCUUCUGAUAGACGACAGCGACCAGGGCCUCAACGAAAUGACCGCCUUUGUGGCUUCGCGGGUGCGAGAGCCACCUGCCACCCAGCAUGUCUGCAGCAUCAUCUACUUGUCCAGCUAUGGCGGCCAGUACGAACUCGCGUCCCAGGUCGCCCGGGGCCUUCCCUCUAGCUGUACCGCGUCUCUGGUCGACCUCGCCGACGUCUCCCAUGACCACAUCAACACCAUUGGCCUCGUUCUGGUCGGCUACCAGGGGCUCGACCUGUCGGAGCUCUCGGCCCACGAGUACGACCGAAUCAGCUUUCUCCUGACCGCAUUCCACCGACUGCUCUGGGUCACCUGCGACGCAGACGAAACCCCCAAAUCGGCCAUGGCCAGUGGGCUGGUCCGGACUGCCCGAUGGGAGCGGGACCACGACGGCGUCAAUUUCAUCCUGUUGGGGAUUUCCCAACCGGUUCGCAGUGCGUCUGCGGCGGCUUUCCAAAUGAUCCGGGUUUGCGACCACGCCUUCCUCUCCCACGAGCUCGUGCCUCGGAACGCCGAGUUGCGCCUAGAAGGCAGUGUGCUGCUCACCAAUCGACUGUUCCCGGCCACCGGCAUCAACGAGUGCAUCGCGUCGAGUUCUCGGCCCCGGUCCAAGCAGGUGGCCCUCGAGGCCGUCCAUCAUCCGGUGAAGCUGACUUCGAUCGGACCCCAUCAGCCCAAUGGGUUCCAUUUCGUCGAGGAUCAACGGGUGGACGAGCCACUCCUUCCCGACGAAGUGAAGAUCCAGAUCUGUGCCGUCGGCUUGGAUGAGUCGGAUGCCGACGACAUGACUCGCUUGAUCCCGGGCGACAGCACCGGUAGCCAGGGGGCUGGAGUGGUUGUUGAGGUCGGGCUUGCCGUCCAGGACAUCCAGGUCGGCGAUCAGGUCAUGGCUCUGCGCACCGGCCCCAGUGGUUCCGUCCAAACCUUCCUGCGCACGCAUUCCUCGGCGGUAGCCAAGGUCCCAGAGGGUAUCAGCCUGGCGGAUGCCGCGACGCUUCCAUUGCCGUUUGCGACGGCAUAUCAUGGCCUUGUAAACGUCGCCCGGCUGGGGCCACAAGAAAUCAUUCUGGUUCAUAACGCUGGCACGGCCACUGGCCAGGCGGCGGUGCAGUUCGCGUGCAUGCUCGGUGCCACGGUCUAUGCUACGGUGAGGACGGAUGCCCAGAGGCAAGCCCUUAUUGACUACGGGGUGGAGCGAAGCCACAUUCUGGACGGCGCCUCGUUCGCUCAACAGCUUGCCAACAGGGACGCAACCCGAAGUGUGGACGUCUUCUUCAACAUCACCCGCGAGAGCCUGCAGAAGAAAGACCUGGCCUGUCUCUCGCCUUUCGGCCGCCUUGUUGACCUCUAUGGCCAAGGGUCCCUCCCUGCCGGACCCGCCGGCCCUACGAACCGGACCUACGCCACGGUGAGCAUCAAAGAGUUGGUGCAGGCGAGGCCCAAAGCCUUACAUGGAACCCUGCGAACCAUUUCCCAGCUCCUGACCAGUCGCGCCAUUCGGCCCAUUAUCCCAGUCCGAGCUGGAUACUCCGAACUUCAAACGGUCUUGUCCCAGAUCCGGCAAGGGAACGCCGGUCCCUGGGCCCUUGAACCGCGAGCUAACGACUCUAUCCCUGUUGCAAUGAAGCCCCUAGGCGACUAUAAAUUCGACCCCUGUGCAUCGUACCUCCUGAUCGGCGGGUUCGGAGGCAUCGGAAGAAGUGUGGUGCGCUGGAUGCUGACCCGGGGGGCCAAGAACUUUAUCUUCUUGUCACGAUCCGGAGCGAGCAGUGUCCCCGCCAAGCAACUUUGUGCGGAUCUGCUGGAUGCUGGGUGCGGCGUGUCCGACACUGUAUGUGAUGUCACGGAUGGGAUUGCCGUUGAGGAUGCCCUCCAACGGUGUCAAAAGUCGAUGCCGCCGAUUCGGGGCUGCCUGCAAUGUUCCAUGGUUCUUGAGGACUCCAUGCUCUCGAAUAUGACCCACGCUCAGUUUCUCAACGCCAUCACCCCGAAGGUCCAAGGAACCAUCCACGUCGCCUCCGCUCUCUCGAAUGUCAAGUCCAACUUGGAUUUCUUCGUCAUGCUCUCCUCCUCGGCAGGAAUCAUUGGUAACCGCGGCCAGGCCAACUAUUCCGCUGCCAACGCAUUCUUGGAUGCCUUCGCCGCUCAGCUAGUGUCCCGCGGCUACCCGGCCACCUCGAUCAGUCUCGGCAGCGUGCUCAGCGUGGGCUGGGUGGCGGAGAACCAGGACCGGCUCCCCAUUGCACUCUCCUAUGGGGCGAUAUCCGAGGACCUCCUGCUUGCCAUCCUGGAAUACCACAUGGAUCCGAGCUGGGGCGCCGCACAGAGUCCAGGGACAUGUCACACGGUGGCCGGGGUCCGAUCAGCGCGGGACUUCCACCGCCAGUCCAUCCCCCUACCAGGUUUCAUGGCAUACCCGUUGUUUUCACCACUGCGCGCGAUCGCGGGCGCAUCCCAGACGGCCGAGGAAGUAGCCGAGGCCCCGAUUGCGCAGGGGCUACGGGGGGCGACGUCGAUGGAGGACGCGGUAGAAUUGGUGACUCGGGCGAUUGUGUACAAAUUGGCGCGGAUCAUGGCGUUGUCGGCGAAGGAAAUUGAUGCGCAACGGUCGCUGGCAUCGUACGGGGUGGAUUCGCUGGUCACGGUGGAUUUGAAGGCGUGGUUUCAGCGGGAGGUCGGGGCCACGGUCGCGUCGGCCGAUCUGCUGGGCGACUCGGCCAUUGUGCAGUUGGCCCGGCAGGCAGCGAGCGGGUCGCAGCUAGUGGCAGCAGCCAUGCGAGAGACUGAGUAAGAGAGGGGGAGACUGUGUGCAGAGAUAGCUUGAAUCGAACCAUCAAUGCGAUUGAGUGAAGGGAGAAAUGCGACGCGUAUGUACGGAGUAAGUAG